AUGGGAGCCAUGUGGUGGCCUGGAGUGAGAUCGAGUCCCUCCCAAUCCCUCCUGCGACUUCUCAUUCUUCUAGGUGUUCUUGGAGAAGCGGCUAUCUUCGAGAGACAUCGGACACUGAUAGACCUCUCCGGAAACGUUACCUGCCCCCGUUGGAUAAAUAAACGAUGGUGUUUCAGGAUUGUACUCAUGGAAUAUGACAGUUUCGGUGUAGGGCACGACAGAGUUCAGGAUUACGGUGUGAAAUGUGUAGACAACGGUCCGGAACACGAGUAUUUUCUUCCAGGAUCUCAAUACGGUGAUGGCUUUAAUGAUAACGAAUACGAGUUUUUUGUAUGGAUCUAUCAUAAUUGUACGCAGGCUUCAAUACUCUCCAAACAAGUUCAUGAUCUCGGAACAGUGAGUGUUUCAUUAGAUUUAUAUAAACGUGUACAAAACUUCGGGUUAUCUGACUUAUCAGUACGGGCGGAUAGUUAUUUUGACGAUAAAUGA